AUGACGACUAACUAUUUAGUGCCAAACACUAAACCGAUUAAUGGAAAUGUGUUUCAUUCAUUCGAAAAGAUAAAUGAAAUAUUCGCAAAGAAUGACGGAAGAAGAUAUUAUAGAGAACUUGAAAGUUCAUGCUAUGACUCUGAUGCUCCAUAUUUUGAUGAUAAACAAACUCAUUUAAGAAUUACAAACCCAGCUCAUGAUGUGAACCAAUUAGGUGACACAUAUAUUAAACGCAAAGUUAAAGCAACUCUUGUUUCAAAUAAAGUUUUCACAUGUGAUGCCACUUUUAAAUGCAUGCGUUUAUUCGUUGGUUACAAAUCAUCAAAUCAAAGCUUUAAACAAUUAGAAGUAGAAACUGAAAGAGGUGAUGCCGGUUAUCUUCAGAUGGAUUGCGCCCGUGAAUCUUUCGCAUUUGCAACAUAUAAACCGAAAUCAGAAAGGAAAGUUAAAAAGUUUGUUCAUUCGUUAUAUAAUAAUGUUCAAAAAUAUGAUAACUCAGUAUGUGGUAAAUAUAUUGACCCUUCUGAAGUUUUCAAGAAAGCAAAUGAAGAAGUUGAUAUCACUUUUGAUAUGAUUAUUCCG